AUGAACAAAUGUUUAAUUAAACAUGAUCUCCUCAACUUAGGUGAAAACCCGUCGUAUUAUCCAGAUUUCAUUGGCGUGCUAAAAAAAAUGAGAAAUUGCACAAAGCGUAAUGGAGAAGAAUCCGUUCUUCUAAUUCUUGCAGACGAAAGUGGUGAUGAAAUAGCGAUCAGUUUAUGGAAAGAGUGUAUUGAUGUUCGUGAGAAAUUCAGACCUGAAGAGUUGGCAACCCCUCAUGCGACAACAGUUGUUGCCAUUACAAAUAUAAAGCCUUCAUCAAUACACAUAGCAGGUACUUUAAGGUUCGGAUCAUCACCUGCCACACACGUAUAUGUCAAUCCCCCCAUCCAGGAGACAACACUUCUAAUCCACAGCUUCACUGGCCCUACACCCCCAACUUCCACAACAUCUGGACCAUUAACAACACUGCAUGAGCUAAACAGCAAGAUUCAUAGUGAACUGGUGGAUAAAACAUUCAAUGUACAAGCUACACUGACAACAAUCACAUUCAAAGACUGCUGGUUCCAAGUACUAUGCACAACUUGCAAAGAUUCGAUUUUCAGGAAAAGCAAUUACUGGAGUUGCAGUGCUCAUGGAAAAACAGCCUCACCCAUAUUCCUGUAUAAACUAAUUACAACUCUGACGGACCCAACGGGCUCUCUAACUACAAUCAUGACCGAUGGCGCGGCUCAAAAACUAAUUGGUGCUACACCAGAAAAACUAAUGGCUGAUGAUCAUGAAAACAAUAAAAAGCUCCCACCAACACUUAUCAAUGAUCACGAGGGCACAUCAAAGACUAUGUCAAUACAAAUGCUAAAAGGCUCUACAACUGAAAACAUUCGUUUCAUAAUCGUUGACAUACAUGAAGUAACCAUGGUUAAUCAGUCAGUCGCACCGGUCACACCAACACAAGUUUCAACAACUACAACGACAGCAACACCAAUCACUCCAGCAGACCUUCAAGGUUCCGCAAAUGUUGAAAUCAAUCCUAUACUUGGAAUGGCAUCUACAACAUCACAAACAUCACACACAGCAAGAACAUUGACAUACGACACCGCUGGUACUUACAUAUCCACUUUACUUGGAUAA